UUUGUAGCUUCCAUUGACAAGAAUGAUGUCGAAAUUGGAUUCUAAGAAGAAAAUUGGUGCAAAUUCUGGAAAUGAGAAAUUGUUGAAUGAUAUUGAGGUUAUAAAUAAAGCUAUAUAUUUGGAUAAAACCUAUUUAUUGGAUUCAAAAUUGAAGAAUAAAGGAAAUAGUAAAGAUUCAAUAGAGAAGGAGAGUAAGAAAUCCAUUUGGAGUUGGAAAGGCCUAAAAUCUCUGGCUGUUAGGACCAAAAAGUUUAAUUGUUGCUUUUCAGUUCAAGUCCAUUGCAUUGAAGGACUAUCAACAUUGUUUGAUGAUCUUUGUCUUGUUGUGCAUUGGAAGAGGAGAGAUGGCGAGUGGACGACUCGUCCAGUUGUGGUUUCUCAAGGGGUAGCUGAGUUUGAGGAACAGUUGACUCAUACUUGUUCUAUAUCUGGUAGCAAGAAUGGCCCCAAUCAAUCAGCAAAGUAUGAGGCGAAACAUUUCUUGUUGUAUGCUUCGAUAUAUGGUACUCCCGAGCUUGAUUUGGGGAAGCAUCGGGUUGAUCUUACCAGGUUGCUUCCUCUUUCAUUGGAUGAAUUGGAGGAGAAUAGCUCGGGGAAGUGGACGACUAGUUUCAGGUUAGCAGGUAAGGCUAAAGGUGCAAUCUUGUAUGUCAGUUUUGAGUAUCACAUAGUUGGGAACACUUUCAUGGUUCUUCCCAGUAACAGGGUUCUUCUCGAGGGGAAGAACUUGAGGCGCAAUAGUGAAAAUGCAGCAAAAUUUUUGGAACAAUGUGAGCAAUGUGAUGAGCUGAGUACAAUAAGACGAACGGGAAGCCUUCCUGCUCGAUCUUCUACUUCACAACGUUCAGCAGAGAAUAUAAAAGAUCUUCAUGAGGUUUUACCAGUUCCGUCAUCUGAAGUUUCCGUAUCUGUAAAUGUGCUGUAUCAGAAACUCGAGGAAGAGAAAGUGGAAGCUUCAGUUGAUUGCAAACCACAGAUUGAUGUCUUCUGUAAUGAUGUGGAGACCCUCAAACCUGACUUAGCCUUGUUAUCAGAGCCCGAGAAGGGAAAUGUUGAAAAUGUGGGUGGCGUAAGUGAGGUUUCUAUAAGAGAGCAAGGUGUAGAAGUUGCCUCAAACGAAUGGGAGGGAACAGAAGAAGAUACCAUGAAAACUGGUGAUAGUCCUUUGGAAGAGAAUGUUGAACCUGAGAAUGAAGACCUUUCUCAGCUUGCACCGUUUGCCAAGGAAGUAGACACUGAGAAUGAAGACCUUUCAGUGAGUGCCUGCAAUUUCGUGACAGGUGAAUCUGCCAAAGAGUCAAUCAUGAAAGAAGUGGAGUCUGCAUUAAAGCGUGUCUCCGACUUGGCAGAUGAGGGAUUGGAUUCUCAAGAAGAUGAAAAUGAAGUUAAAAAUCAUGACGGAGACUUGGAAGAAUCCCUAAGCUUGGAUCAUGUUGCCGAAUCUGUGGCUAGUGAUUUUCUGGAUAUGCUAGGGAUAGAGCGUAGUCCAUUUUCCCCGAGUUCUGAAAGUGAGCCUGAUUCCCCAAGAGAACGACUGUUGAGGCAAUUUGAGAAGGACACUCUGGCCAGUGGGUGUUCCUUGUUUAACCUUGAUAUGGAUAUUGAUCACCAAGAAUUUGGUUGUGAUGAUUUAAGUGGACCUGAUUGGAGGAGCAUUUCUGAAGAUUUUAACUAUUCAUCUAAUAUGGAGGAGAUGCCCAAGAUAGAACUCGAAGCAAGUAAUAACAAAACAAGGGCCUCGAUGUUGGAGGACUUGGAGACAGAGGCUUUGAUGCGCGAAUGGGGCUUGAACGAGAGGGCAUUUCAAUAUUCCCCUCCUAAGAGCUCAAGCGGAUUUGGGAGCCCAAUUGAUGUUCCUCCUGAGGACACUUACCAAUUGCCUCCUCUUGGAGAAGGCUCAGGACCCUUCAUUAAGACUAAAAAUGGAGGAUUGUUAAGGUCGAUGAACCCCGCACUUUUCAAGAAUUCCAGGAGUGGAGGGAGUUUAAUAAUGCAGGUAUCAAGUCCAGUAGUAGUUCCUGCAGAAAUGGGAUCUGGUAUAAUGGACAUACUGCAGCAUUUAGCCUCCAUUGGAAUUGAAAAGCUAUCUAUGCAAGCAAGUAAACUUAUGCCUUUGGAAGAUAUUACUGGACAGACAAUGCAACAUAUAGCCUGGGAAACUGCACCAAGCUUAGACGGAACUGUGAGACAAGAUCUGUUGCAGCAUGAAUUUGAGUUUGGACAAAAUAUGGCUGGUACUCAAAGUAAAAAGGGUAAAUUGCACAGACCGAAGUCCAGUAAGUUGGAGUCAAAUUCUGUUGGCGCGGACAGGGACUCAGAAUAUGUAUCAUUAGAGGACCUCGCUCCUUUGGCAAUGGAUAAAAUUGAAGCCCUUUCAAUUGAGGGUUUGAGAAUACAGUCAGGCAUGUCAGACGAGGACGCGCCUUCUAACUUAAGCCUGCAAUCCAUUGGUGAGUUUUCAGCCAUUGAGGGAAAGAAGGUCAACUUUGGAGGAGCUGUAGGUUUGGGAGGAACAGGUGGAUUGCGGCUACUGGACGUUAAAGACAACGGUGGUGGUGACAUUGACGGGCUUAUGGGCUUAUCUCUCACACUUGAAGAAUGGAUGAGGUUGGACUCGGGAGAAAUUGAUGAUGCAGAUGAAAUCAGCGAGCGUACCUCCAAACUGCUCGCAGCCCAUCAUGCUACUUGCACUGACUUGUUUCGUGGCAAGUCCAAGGGAGAGAAGAGACGUGGCAAGGGUAAGAAGUGUGGAUUGUUGGGAAACAACUUCACGGUGGCACUAAUGGUGCAGCUUCGUGAUCCUUUAAGGAACUAUGAGCCAGUUGGUACACCUAUGCUUGCUCUUGUUCAGGUGGAGAGAGUGUUUGUAACACCUAAACCUAAGAUAUACAGCACAGUUUCUGAAGUUAGUAACAGCAAUGAAGACGACGAUGAUGAUGAAUACAAGCCUCCCAAAACGGACUCUGUUGCAGAGGUCAAAGAAGUUAACAUUCCUGAGGAAGAACAAAUUCCUCAGUACAAAAUCACUGAAGUGCAUGUUGCUGGUUUAAAGACAGAGAAAGGUAAAAAGAAAUUAUGGGGUUCGUCAACUCAACAACAGUCUGGAUCUCGUUGGUUGCUCGCGAAUGGAAUGGGAAAGAAGAAUAAGCAUCCAUUACUGAAGUCUAAAGCUAGUAAUAAAUUUUCUGCACCAGCUGCUGCUCUAGCAACUACUACUACUACUACUACAGUGCAGCCUGGUGAAACAUUAUGGAGUAUUUCUUCACGGGUCCAUGGUACAGGGGCUAAAUGGAAGGAAUUAGCUGCAUUAAAUCCACAUAUUAGAAAUCCAAAUGUUAUUUUUCCUAAUGAAAAAAUUAGAUUGAGGUAGCAGUGUUGUAGAACAUGAUUUUUUAUUUAUAUGAUUGAAAUUUUUCC